CUCUCCUCCACACCUGCCACCUGUCCGUCAGGUGACUUUACAAUUAAGGUGCCAGCCACGCAGCUGCGGGGCAUUUCUUGGCUGGCUCGUGGCGGAAAACUUGUCCCCGAAAACUUUUGGAUUUUGACCUUGACUCUUCGCACGUUUGGCAGGACAAGAUGAUGCCUCUGGUUUCCUAUUUUCUGGCAGUUUCUUUUCUUUUAAUUGUCUUACAAGACAGUGUCAUAAUGGAAGAAUGCACCUUUAGAAAACUGGACAGGGAGGACAAAAUAUUUUGUAGGGGGGGUCUAGAAAUUUUCUACCCAGAAUUGGGAGAUGUUGGCUGUACAUAUAUUCCAAGGUGCAAUGCCUAUCGUAAACGGAUCAGCAAGGAAUGGAUCAACCCCGAAGUAAAAUAUCAGCAGGCAGAUACGAAUAAGAAGUAUGUUCUCAUCAUGGUUGAUCCAGAUGCUCCUAGCAGAUCUAAUCCAAUGUAUCGCUUCUGGAGACAUUGGGCUGUGACUGACAUCAGCGGUGCUGAUUUGAAGAAGGGGAACCUAAAAGGUCAUGUAUUAGCAGACUACCUCCGACCCACACCACCCCCUGGAAGUGGUUACCACCGCUACCAGUUUCUCCUCUACGAACAGCCAGCUCACGAGGACGUCUCCUUGAAUUCAGAUGAAACCACGUCUUCCGGUUCCUGGAACGUAAACAACUUUGUGGAUCGGUUUCAUCUCGGAACACCCGUGGCUUCAACCCAGUUUGUCACUAAGGAUUACCACGACUAGCAAUGCCAGUAGAAGCACCAAUAGGAUAACCACCGUUGCGCUCAAUGAUUUAGCUUGAUUUCUUCCCUAUGGAGCAGAGGAACGCUCCAAAUAAAAAUGAAAUCUUUCUCUUCGUUCAACAAGCACGGGCUGGAUUUUUGCAUGAUCAAUAAGCUUUAUAUGAUUUUAUUUUAGGAUUCAUUGUUUUGUCAGCUGGCAUCGGUACAAUGACAUAGUUGUCCCUAGCAUUCCAACCACAUCUAUCACAGAAAAUGUAACACAUUCACUGCAGAACUUGUGUGGCCUUAAAGUUAAAUAUGUCUAUAUU